CGAUUGCCACUCGAGCCUACUUUAGGAGCGACCCAGCUCGCCAGCCGACUUUGUUUUUCUCCGGCAUCUGGGGUUCAACCCACCACUAUAUUGCAACUACAUUCGUCCUCCGCUGCGGCUUUCUUCCCACGCCUUCCCACGCCUUCCCACGCUCGACGUCACACCUCAUGCCGUCGCUUUAAAUCCGACACCUGCCGAGCUACCUGGCUCAUACGUCGGCCAUGACAGGACGGGGCGUGGGUUUCUCCUCCUGGAGGAGUAGGUCUGGCUCUUUGGGCCGCCGUGCUCAAACUGGGGAGGACGAAGACGACAUCCGCGAAGCAGACGGCGUGCACCUGCCUCGGCAGUCGCAACACGAACCAUGGCUUCUCUCGUCCUCCUACAGCGCGUCCAGCCAUCGCGAACCCACGCGAUCGUUCGUGCCUGUUUCUAUCCGGGAUCAUUUGGCUCCGGUCGACUCCACGCAAUAUGCUCGCAGCGUGCGCGAAGACACUGCAGAGCUGGCAUCCUAUGUGCUAUCGGACCAGUCUGACAAGCGCUCUUCACCCUUCCUACGGGGUCGACGAUUAUCCUCCACCUCGCACAAUGCCUCUGAGACCCCCAUCGAUCGGCUCGACGACCUGCAGCCCCCUUCUGCUGACACAAUUGCCGAAGUCUCAGAACCGCCCUCACCCGAGGCCAUCGAGGAAUAUGCUGAGGCAGGACCUUCUAUGCUCACAAGCAUGUUUAGGCAGUCCCCGCCUGCACUGGUGGACAAUAGCGAUACAAACAUGAAGCGGCCACGUCUUGGCAACCAUCACGCUUAUAACCCAGCUACACAAGAUGCUGAUGCAGUCGUACCCAGUCCGCCUUUGAGCAUUGGGAAUGGCCUAAUAUCUGAGUACACUCCGCUCCUCGGAGUCAAACCAUUGAGCACGACCUCUCUUGGCGGCGAGACAGAUCUUGAGGACCUGGAGGGACAGAAGCCAGUGCAGGACCAGCCCUCGUGGGGUAACUGGCUCUCGACCGUGACGGAUCAGAGCGCCAGCAAGUUUCGUGGUGUGGCGGAAACCAUACACCCAAAAUCCUGGAGUGCGAAGAGCCUUUGGCAGAAUGUCGUGAUGCAGCCCGUCCGCUGUCUUCCGGCUGUCGUUGUUGGUCUUCUUCUGAAUAUUCUGGAUGCUCUUUCAUAUGGCAUGAUCUUGUUUCCGUUGGGCAACCCGAUCUUUUCCAGCUUGGGCCCAGCUGGCAUCUCAAUCUUCUAUGUCAGCACCAUCGUCUCUCAAUUGACCUUCUCCACCGGAAGCAUUUUCCGAGGCUGUGUUGGCUCUGAAUUGAUCGAAGUGGUGCCUUUCUUCCACAGCAUGGCGGCGAAGAUUACCCAGAUCGUUGGGGAGGAUCAGCCAGAUGCUGUCAUUGCGACAACAAUCACUUCCUUCGCCGUCAGUUCGAUGCUUACUGGCGUAGUGUUCUACCUCAUGGGCAAAUUCCGGCUCGGCUAUAUCGUGGGGUUCAUCCCGCGCCAUAUCCUCAUCGGCUGCAUCGGAGGCGUUGGCUGGUUCCUCAUCGCCACCGGUUUCGAGGUGUCCGGACGACUGGACGAAUUCCAUUACGACCUCGAAACCAUCCAGAAGCUUUUCCAAACCGAGAUCCUGCCGCUGUGGAUCAUCCCGCUGGCCCUAGCCAUUUUGCUGUUUGUCCUGCAGAAGAAGAUCACCUCACAGUAUUUCCUGUCGGUCUACAUUCUGAUGAUUCCGUUCGUUUUCUACUUCUUCGUGUUUUCCAUUGAUGAGCUGCAGACGGACGCCUUACGAACGACUGGGUGGAUCUUCGAGGCUCCUCCAGAUGAUGAGCCAUGGUGGUACUUUUGGACACUUUACAAGUUUAACUUGGUCAGGUGGGAUGCCAUCGCCGAGUGCUUGGGUGCCAUGGUCGCAUUGACGUUCUUCAGCCUGCUGCACGUGCCAAUCAAUGUUCCCGCACUGGCUCAGAGCACCGGAGAAGACCACGCCGACUUGAACCAUGAACUUAAGCUGCACGGCUAUUCGAACUUCAUCUCUGGCUGUGUUGGAAGCAUCCAGAACUAUCUCGUCUAUGCAAACACCCUCUUCUUCAUGAGGUCAGGAGGUGACAGCAGACUUGCAGGCUAUAUGCUUGCCGCACUCACCUUUGUUGUCCUGACCCUCGGACCUGUCGUGAUCGGGUUCAUCCCGGUAAUGAUGGUCGGAACUCUGAUCUUCGUUCUUGGUUUCGAGUUGCUGGGCGAUGCACUUGUCCAUCCAAGGCAUAAGCUAAAGCUUUCUGAGUAUUUGACGAUUGUUGUGAUUGUCUUGACCAUGGGCAUAUAUGACUUCGUCACCGGCAUUUUCCUGGGCAUGAUACUUGCAUUCAUUUCCGCCAUUUUCCACUCGUCCAGGGUCCCUGCCAUUCGAGCAACGUAUACUGGUGACCAGGUUGGUUCAAUGGUCCGACGCAACCCGUCGCAGCAUCUCUACCUGCAAGCUGUUGGCGAGCAAACAUACAUCAUCAAGCUGUCUGGGUUUCUUUUCUUCGGCACUAUCGUCGGAGUCGAUGAGAAGAUCAGAGAGCUGAUCUCGGACGCUGCUUUCAACUUGCACCCAAUCAAGUAUGUCAUUGUCGACCUGGGACACGUCACUGGACUCGACUACACUGCUGGUGAAGCCUUCAUGACAAUUAGUCGGCUGCUUCACAAGCGAGGUGUCAAUCUGAUUAUCAGUGGCAAGGAUGCAGACAGCAGAAUAGGCCGUGACUUGCGAGCUGUUGGGCUCGGUGAGGCUGGCAUCGAGGUCAUGUUCAUGCCUGAUCUCAACUCCGCCCUUGAGUGCUGCGAGAAUGAACAGCUCAAGACCUUCUAUGCUCGACAAGAAGCUCUUAAGAUCAAAUCUCCUCCGCCAUCGAAAUGUCUUGAUGUUCCAGGCAAGAGGUCUAUCAAUCAGUCCUUUGACGAAUUGUCCCACUCACCACGGAGAAGUCAUCUUCACGAAGCUGCUGGCAACGUCUUGGCCAGGACCGAAGAAGCGCGCCGUGUCACCCGGUGGCAGAGCCUUAGCGAGCCUCUACGUCUGAUGCUGCAAAUCUUCCACGACCUCAGUGACAAGAACGAGGACUUCUGGUACAAAGCCACGCCAUUCUUCACGAGGAAGGAGUACGCGGUGGGGACCGUACUGUAUCACCGUGGGGAGCAGGCCAAUGGAUUCUAUCUAAUUGAACGCGGCGAGCUCAGAGCCGACUACGAGACACCACAGGGUCGACUAUCGGAGCCAAUUGUGCAGGGCACCACCUGUGGCGAGCUGCCCUUCUUCUCGGAGACUGAUCGGACUGCGACCGUGCUGGCCGUCAAGGAUUCCGUGCUUUGGGUAAUGGACCGCGAGGGCUGGGAAAAGCUUCAGGCCAAUGAACCCAGUGCGGCGCACGAGCUGCUGCGCGUAUCGCUCAAGCUCACAACUGAGAGGUUGCAUGCGAUGACGAACUACAUUUCUGCGGUUGGCAACUAGCUUGUUUGUACGAAGAUAGCUCGCGACAUCCGUAACGAAUAUGAAUAAAAGCAGUGCUCCGUUGGUAUGUUGUACUCCGUGUCGACCUUCUCCAGUUCUUUCAUGCGACUGUUCCU